AUGAGUGCCACAGUGGCCCCGGUCAGUGUGGAUCCCCAGCCACAGAUGCCAACCCCUACACUGAUGGACCGAUCCUCUAGAUUAGAGGAAAGUGGCACCAUGGUGCCUGCCGCUAGCAAUCAGAGUCUCUUGCCCAAUCUAAGAUCCAGUACAUCAGUGGACAAGAUGAAGCCCCUCCCAACAUCAUUGCAGAGUGAUUUCCUUCAAGACAUCCUCUUUGCUCUUACCCAGGCUCCCGUAUUGAAAGACAAACUAGGACCACCAUCUCGGCACAGGAAUCUAAAUACUUCUUCAGUUCAGGGACGCCAGCGUCCAGCCAAUGUGUGGAACUUCCAGCGGAGGGACAGAUUCAAGCAUCUCACAGAAAACACAGCGUGCACGUGUGGAGCAGGGAGGGACAUCUCUUUCCUCUAUGAUGUUCCUCAAACAAAGACAACAGGAGAACGGCCAGAGAAGAUUGACAAAAGCAUCAUCAGAAGAGAUGCUGAGGAGAAACCUAGACAGGCUCUCCAGCUCCCCGACACGCUGUUGCCGGAUGAGUACCACAUCGUCAAGAACAAGGGCGUCAUGGGCAUAGAAUAUCAUGAAGAUAAAUAUUCAACACAGCCUGAAGACCAUGAGAAGCAUCUGGUCAAGUUCCCGUCACUGAAGCCGGCCAGCAGGUAUGAGGUCCUCCAACUGAAGAGGUCCCUGGAGGACAUGCUGGAGAAGGCUGGUGUCGAGGACAAUGAUGUUGUCGUUAAGGGACCAACUCAGAUGCACAACCUGCUUGAACUGAUAAAGAAAGAACAGAACGUCUACAACAUAAUCUUCCAUGAACUCAUCAGACAGGUGAGCAUCGAGUGUGUGGAGAGAGGGGAGUUGCUGGCGAUGCUGAGAGAUAAAUACAGCGCCCUCCUCAACAAAGUUCCGCAGCAGAUCAAGAGUCUUCAUGAAGAGGUGAUGGCACAGCGGGCUUUGGACCGGCGACUCACAGAGGAACUCAUGAGGUUCAAAUCUACUAUCAGUGUCCUUACAAAUGAGUUGACGGACGUUAAAGAACAUGACCAGCGAGUGACCAAGGAGGCUCAGAAAGCUCAGGAAGAUCUGAAGACAGCUCUGGGUGAUGCACAGAAGAACGCCAGUCUCCUGGCAGAGUACCACGACCUGUACGAGCUGCAGCGCCGGCGCUUGGAACGCCAAGUGUUCAUGCUGUCUGACGAGAGGGAGCUAUGGAGCACGGCAGCAUACAGUCUUGCUCUCAAGGUGACGGAGGAAUGCAGACUGACGACUGCCAAACGGAUGCAUGUCAGUGAGAAGGCCUGGGCCAAGCUUGCCAACCACUUCACUGUGUUGCUAAGCGACAAGGACACGGAGCAGCUGACGGAGAUUCAGGGCCACGUGGAAGUUUGGCGGGACAACAUUGAGGAUUUCAACAUCGCCCUGAAGCAGCGGGAGGAGGAGAUGAGGGAGCACCUGCAGGGCAUCAGGGCAGGCGUGGAGAAAUGGGUGCUAGACUUCCAGAAGGACUGCUUUAACGCUGAGGGUAACAUGGUGAAGGUCCCUGACAAGGAGAAGAUGAUCAGUCUCCGCAACGACAUCCAAGCUUGGGAGGAGAAUCUGUCAAAGGAGGCUGAAGUGUUCGCGGGAGAUCUACUUCUGUCGAAUCAGGAUGAGUUGAUCCAUAUCCGCAAGGAGAUGGACGGCUGGACGGACAGUGCCCUUAAGGUGUUCGGACGUCACUCCGGUCUAGAUGGACGUUCGCACAUGGAGCAGGACAAUAUGAUAGUUCUCAAUGAUGAAGUGGAGGAAUUAUUAAAACAGUUCACAAACAGAAUGAGUGGAGAAAAUGGAGUGGCGACGAGCGUGAUCCACUUGACCAACGCCAUUGAGCUGUGGGAGACGCGUUUGACGUCAGCCCUGAAUGGCUCAAUGGUCCUGCAGGAGACGGAUUGGAGCAGCUUCUACCACACCAUGGAUGACUGGGUGGUGGCCGUGGACCAAUGUCUGGAGUAUGUCGGCGUGACCCAGAAACAGGAGGACAAGCAGGAGGGGCGGGAACACACUAGCAUCGACAUCCACGACACUGUGAGGAAGACGCAGAAGUGGGCCACCACCGCCAGCAAUGCCAUCGACAGCGAGGAUGCAAAGCUGGUUGAGCAGGUGUCGACGUUGCAUUCAGAGAUGGUGCAGUGGAUGGUGCAGGUGUUGUUGCGACUUGCACCGGACAAGGAGGGUAACUCCGUGGAGGCUGGUGAGAUGGCGCUGUUAGGAAGCUCGUCUAUACCACUGCUACACGAGAAUGCCAAGUCACUGUUUGAGAGGCUGCAGAAAUUCUCCAACUAUGUCACUCUACUGACUCUGGAGGCGUACAACACCGUCUACAUCUACGUCGACGACAUACCUGUGGCUGCCACAAACUCCUCUCUGUCUCUUCCUGUCACCUUCUGCUGUGACGGCAUCGUCCUGGAGAACACACAGCAGCGCCAGGACAACAUGGAGGAACACGCGGACCAAGAACUCCGGGACCUGAAGAGGCUGAGAGCAGAAUGCGAGGACUGGAUUCACACAGCUAAGAUCUUGACCAGUCAGCUGACCGGUGAGACAGUGGAGGAGUUAUUCCCUCGUCUAGAAGGUCAGUCCAAGACCGAUUCCACCUCAGCCAAACCGGAAGGAUACUACGAUAAGGAGCCAUUGGAGUCACAGCAGCAGCAGCAGCAGCAGCAGCAACAGCAGCAGGAACAGCAGCAGCAGGAACAGCAGCAACAGCCACAACAGGAACAGCAGCAACCAGAAGCACCUCCAACCCCCCAGAAACAAGAGGAGACUACUCCAGUUCCUGCUCCCACACCAGCAGAGGGCAGCACUGAGCAGACAGUAGAGCAGACGCCAGACAACAGUGGAGAGCAGACGACAGUUGAACAAACAGCAGAAGGAGAUGUGAAGAAGGAAGGAGAUGAAGAAGGAGAUGAACCAGUAGAUCAACCAGCCCCUGUGGAGGACACUGGAGAGAAGCUGGAACUGAUCGGCACAGACGACAACACCCACGUGGCUCGGCUACAGUCAGAUGUACAGGCGGCUCCUGAAGCGCAGGCUGCAAGCAAGUCAGGUACACCAGACACAAAAAAAGCAUUUGAGGCCCUUGCAGCUGUCGGCAACCUGCAGACUCAACUGUUAGACACCGAGCAUCGAGCCCAGGUGGCCGAACAACGGGCUGCGGACGCGGAACUUGAGCUGACACUAGUACAGGAGCAGCUCCGGGCCCUGGAGAAGAAGAUGACCCAGCUGACCGGCCAGGAGGGGGAUGUGACCACCCCCGUCAGCCUCACCACGCCCUCCCCUGUGUCCAGCAGGACCCCCGCCUCCAGCAGAACCCCCGCCACUACCACCCCCGUCGUCCGGCAGGAGGAGAAGAAGGAGGAGAAGAAGCUUCCUGUUCCUCACAGUCCACAGAAGAAGUCCUCCGCCAAAGGGAAGAAGAAGUAGAGCUUGAGGAAGAGAGAUGUUUAACUGUAUUUCAUUCCAUCAAAACUCAGCCCUUCUAACCAAAGCUUAAAAAAUUGUAUCAGUUAUCAUUCUGUAACUAUUAACAUAUUGAAGUCAUUCAAAAUCAUUCACUAUAAAUGGAUAUAUUUUAAAAAGAAGAUAAAGGAAAUUGGGUAUGCUAUAUAUAGAUGUCAUUCCAUUUUAUUCCUCAAACCUCAAACCUCAUUCCCCAACCCUUCUAACUGCAGCUGAUAUUUAUGUUUUCCACAGCUUAAAAGAUGUCAUUUGUUAUUUUGUAUCCACUGAUUAAACAAAGUCAUUCCAAACCAUUUGCCAAAACCCAAAGGUAUAUUUAUAGUUGGAUAUUCUAUAUAUUGGUAAGAAUAAAUACAUUUAUGGAAUUACGGUAGUAACUGGUAUUUUGUCUGCUGUCUGUAAACCUUUCAUGAAAUCAUUUAAAAAACAAAAUGUAAGACUUGUUUCAGGGUUUAAAUCCCAGAUUUGCCAUAUUUCUAGGUUUGUCAGCACCAAAGUGGGAAAAAUGCAUUGCCUCACUAACUCAUUUUAAUAUAUUAAAGGAAAAUUUAUCAAAUAUCCUCUGAAAUGUUACAGAAGCUAACAUCCAUAAAUUUCCCCUUUCAUGUGUAUCACUUCUAAAUGCCAUUCCAAGACUUGAUCAUUCAUACUGUUGCCGUCCAUAGGUCACCACCGUGGGUCAGAAAAUCGAUAAACUAGGCCCUAGUUUACCAUCCAGCCCCCCUACUAUACACGUUAUAUAGUAUGGGGGCUGGAUAGUAAACCAGGGCCUAGUUUAUCGAUUUUCUGACCCGCAGUGGGGGCCUAUGUUGCCGUCCAUAUGUUAAACCAAAUUUGCAAUAUUUUGUGUGUGAAACAUCUGGAAUGUACAAACUAAACACUUGGGAAUGAGUCAUAUAUUUUUAAAAAUGCAACCUUUUUCAUCAGUAAGCACAAGUAAAUAUUCCACUCCACUUUUAUUGGGAUUAUCAAAUAUAUUUAGACAUACACAUAUACACUACUCAAAGAAGUCAAGGAACACUUGCUUCUCUCAUGUCAUCAUAGUUAAUGUUACAUGACAACUACAGUGACAUGAGAGACGAGGGUGUUCUUUAACCUCUUUGAGUAGUAUAUUAUGAAAUACUUGUGUGUAAUGGGGAGAAAACAAUCCCUAUCAAAGUGGAGUAGUAUAAUCAGUGAUGAAUGGCAAAUUGUCAGCUGUCAAUUUUUCCAAAAAUAUCUCUGUAGGGCCACACAAAAUACAUAUCACGUUUCUCAUAGAGUUCAUUUUAAAAAAAUUAUCAUGCAGCCAUGUCUCAGGUUCCACAAUUCAGUGUGCAGAACUGCAUCCUUAAGAUAACCCAGGAAUCUAUAAGUCUGGGUUGAAUCCCAUAUGUUGAUUGUUUCUUGGUUUGGCUGCACCAACAUGUUUGUGGAUUUCACCAACUUGCAGACUUUGAAGAACCGCAUCACUUUUUCUCCUUCACCACAAUGACAGGUGAUAUGACAGAAAUCCAUUUCAAAGAAGCAUUAAACCCAGUGUCAGGGGUGGAAAUAACUUUAAAAUUGCUAGUGUACUCCGGUACAGUGGCACAUGUAAAAUCACUUGCCCUGAUAAUUUUUCCACUAUACCGGC